GGAAGAGGAUGCAACCAUGUGUCUGCCGGGCUUGCUGCGUGACAACCGCCGCCCAUCCACCCGCCAAGAAACAUUUGGUUGGCACGACUCGAACGGCGGCAUGGCACAUGGAUCGAUGCCAAUCGUCAGCCCAAAGUUCAAACAAACCGUCGACAGUCGACCCAAUCUUGCCGCCACCAAAGGGGGAUCAUGGAUGAUGGAUGCGAUGAUAUGCCUUCUAGAAAGAAUGCCCAACAUCGUCAGACCAGCACACCCGAGACCAGUCCGGCGCGUCACUCGUUUUCCUUUGACACCUCUUCCGAGCCGUUGCCAUCGCUUUUGUCGGCCUCAUUGGAUCCUUCACUCUUAGGCCAUAUUCAUACAUCCACACACUGUCGACGGACCGACAUCGUUGAUACACUACGUCCAAUGCAGCGACUGCUGCGUCCACUUACGUAUCUGCACCUCGCCAAUUGUACAAGCGUCGGCCUGCGACCGCCAUGUGUUCUAUGCCGUGUCGCCUCUGCAUGGUUUACGGGCAACGAACUCCUGGUCGGCACACAAAAGAAAGUAGCUGUCGUGUAUCCGGAUGGACGGUUCAUAUCCAAGUCUUCCACCGCGGCCACCACCAACGGAGCAUUAGAGGAGGGACCGGUCCUCUUAUUAAUCUACAUAAUCGCCAAUCCACCGGCACCUCGAUCAACUCGUGGGCCCCGACGGACGCCGACCCACCAACUUUGAGCGAUUCGCACGCGGCACCGCUCACAUCCUGGAAGAAGAUUGUGUGAUUCAAGAUGGGCGAGCCGCGGCGCAUCGUCAACCUGCCAGGUUUCUCCGGGAAGCCAUCAUCAUCCCUGUCUGAACAGUGUGAUGUGAUCCGCCGCGGACGGAGGGAAAAAAAGAAGGGCUGGACUGUUGUAAAGAUGUGGGUUUCUUCACCGUUCGACCAGUGAUUGGAGUCGACGCCUCCAAGAAUCAAGACAGCGUCAACUAAAAAGCCCAAC